CGAGGGCCUGUUAUUUGGGGUCCCUGUCUCUCCGUUCCUCCUCUCAUUUACUAGUGAAACUCGAGUGUUGUCGGUAGUUUGCCUCUGUUUCCCUGCUAUUACGCCGAUUCCAACCUUCAAGUAGCCCACAAGGUGUGCUAUUGAAAUAGGUGGGGAGGCGCCAUGCCGCUGUUUGGGUCGUCCAAGAAAAGUCCAGCAGAGGUUGUUAAGAACACUACUGAUGCCCUAAAUGCUCUCAAUAAGGAGCCCCAAGGGUCCAAAAAGGCAGAGAAGGCACUUGAAGAUGUGGGCAAGCAGUUGAGUGCAAUGAAGGUGAUCUUGCAGGGGUCUGGAGAUCAAGAGCCUCAGACAGAGCUGAUAGCACAGCUGGCACAGGAAUUCUACAACUCACAUCUCUUUGAGCCUUUACUGAACAACCUCCACCGACUGGACUUUGAGUCCAAAAAAGACUAUGUCCAGAUCUUCAAUAACAUCCUACGGCGGCAGAUAGGAACCCGCUCUCCAACAGUGGAAUACCUGUGUAGCCAGGAAAAGAUACUAUUCCAGCUUGUUAAAGGUUAUGAUACUCCUGAAAUAGCAUUAAACUGCGGCAUGAUGUUAAGGGAGUGCCUGCGUUACGAGCUACUGGCUAAGAUCAUUCUAUUGGAUGAUAGGUUCUACAAUUUUUUCAACUAUGUUGAAAUGUCAACAUUUGACAUUGCUUCUGAUGCAUUUGCUACAUUUAAGGAAAACCUUACAAGACACAAGAUAAUGUGUGCAGAGUUCCUAGAAAAGAACUACGAUAAGUUCUUUAAUUCUUAUGGCAAACUCCUUCAUUCAGAAAAUUAUGUCACAAGGCGACAGUCAUUAAAGCUUCUUGGGGAGUUGCUUCUUGAUCGGCACAACUUCUCCGUCAUGACACGGUACAUCAGUAACCCAGAGAACCUGAAACUUAUGAUGAACUUGCUGCGGGAUAAGAGCAGAAACAUUCAGUUUGAGGCAUUUCAUGUAUUCAAGGUUUUUGUAGCAAACCCAAACAAAACUCCUCCAAUUCUGGACAUAUUAUUGAAAAAUAAAGACAAACUUGUGGAAUUCCUAACAAACUUCCACAACGACAGAACAGAGGAUGAGCAAUUUAAUGAUGAAAAAACUUACCUAAUUAAACAAAUUAAAGAGCUUGGUCCCGCAUAAGGUCACAGAUAAUGACACUUCUUUUGCACUUUAGAGAGCAUAACCAAUUGACUUGGCCUUGUCACCUGAAAAUCACUCCUAUUAUACAUUACUUGUAUUAGCAUUAUAAUAUUUUUGUAUCACUUUCUCAUGUGUUAGCUGUAUAAGGCCUGGGCAAGUGCUGUUAUUUUCAUAUGCCAUUCCCAAUGCAAACACAUGCAAGUAAAGUACAUGGUUCAUUUUCAUGUAGUUGCUUAUGGAACAGCACAUGGAUAAAAAUAGUUUACCCUAGGUCUUGUAAAGCCCCAGCUCUGUACAAGUCCAUCAUUGAGUCCCCCUUUUUAGUAGUGGGUGAUUCUAAGGCCAAAAUCAGGCUUUGCAUUUACUGGAGGUGAAUUUGCCUUUGAUGUGGGUGAUUCUGUAAAGAGGCCAAAAUUCUUGUGACAUCCAACUGAUGUGGGUGAGUCAGCAGCUAUGUAUGUUUAAAGAGGACAAAGAGAGCAUAUUAUGAACCAGGAUUUCUUCUUUUAACCGUGUGCACACAGUGAUAAAGGCAUGAUGGAAAAACAUAACAUGACGUUUCCAAUAGGCUCAUUUCACAUCAAAUAAGGCGAAAAGUUCCUCUAAGUACUUAGCGAGUAAUAUCAAACAAAAUAUCAAAUGCGACUUUUUUUUAAUUGAUGCAACUUUUUGUAAAGUGUCGCGUUAUUUGUGUUUUGAAAAGGGAAAAUCAGUCCGGAAUACAAGGAGCUGAUGGCCCAGAAAGUAAUUGUAUCUUUUUUUUUUUCAUCUCUUUGAAGUGCACAUGUUCAGGGUUUUUCUGUCAUGGGUAAUAAAUAAUUCAGAGACUCACAAUAGACCUGUUUGAUAUUGGUUUUGCUUUUAUUUGAAUAUUAAGAUAAAGAAUCUUAUAAUGUUUUUGAAAAUAUUAUUUUUCAUACAUUAUUAAGCUUUAGCAGAAGAAUGGAGCUGUUUCUGUACGAUUGCUAUGGAUCGAAUUUAUCAGUGGAUUUAGUUUACUAGUGGCACUUUUGGAUUUUUUUUUGUGACAGGUUCAUUGCACAAGUCAGCUCCAAAGCAGGAGCGUAGCCAAGGGAGUGGCCCAGGGGCCUUACCCCCCCCUCCCCAUUCUAGCAACCAAAAAUAUGGUAAAAUGUAUCAGACACCUAAAAUACAGGAGAAAAUGCAUUAAAAGGGCCUUUUGGGCCCCCUGUUAAAAAGCCUGGCUACGCCCCUGCAGAGUUUUGCCCAGUAUGAGUAUCUAUGUAACACUGUUAUCAACAACAUAGAAUAUGUAAGUAAGCAAGUAUAAAAGCUUGUGCUAAUAUUGCUGGUGUGCACCCCCUUAAACUAUGAAGAAAGGAAUUUUAUUCAUUUAACUGAAAAUAAACAGCUUAAAUAUGUGAAUUAUGAGAGAUUUUGUUGCUGGUUCAAUGCUUUUACAUGUAAUAAGCCCAAAUCAUUUAUAUUACUGAUUAAUAUUAGCACUACAACUAUAGGAUUUCUAAGGACAAACGAAUUUAUGGUAAGAAACUAAAAGGCUAAAUUGUACAGGUUUAGAGAGAUAAAAGUUUUCCUCUAAUUUUUGUGUCAAUACUACAGUUUGUACGUUUAAGAGAAAUAUCAAACUUUGAUACAGAAACUAACAGCAAACUUGUAUUGCUCUUAACUCUAACAAUUCAGCUUCUAGGGAAGAUGAACCACCAUCAUCGGAUGCAUUUACAUCCCAACUAGUUUUAUUUCAUAAUUUAGAGCAUGAAGAUUAUAACUCAUACGGUAGAUAAUUAUUUGUGUGAAUUCAUAUAUCCUUAGAAAUCCUUUACUGACACUGGUGGGAAGCCUGUGUCAUUUGUUCUUUAUUUUAUUCAACACUUUUUAAAAAUCUCAUCAAGGUUGUAUAUUGCCUCUGAAGAAAAAUAAAUACAUGCUGGUUGAA